AUGGAAUCCGCAAAGGCAGCAGUUAAAGGCUUCAUGAACAAGGCCGGCCACCAUGACACCACCGUUCACGAGGAGGUUGCCCCAGCAGUGACCCACGAGACUGUGACCAAGAAGGAGCACGAGAACGUCACCACCGCCGUUGACCAGGAGAUUCACCAGGACCACUACCACACCUCAGUUCAGCCUAUCAAGGACCAGCAGGUUCUCCCAGAGACUCACCACCACAACAUUGUGCCUGUUGAGCACCGCGAGAUCAACCACGACAACGAGAAGGAGAACGAGAGACGUUUGGCGGCAGAGCGCGCUCAGUUCAAGGACACCACCACCCGCCAGCAGGCAGAGAAGACUAGCACUGUGGCACCUGUCGUUGCAGGAGAGCACAUCCACCACCACGUCCACGAAACCAUUCAGCCUGUCGUUGACAAGCAGGUCAUUGAGCCUCACGUUGUCCACACCACCGUGCCAAUCCACGAGGUCCACCACAACGCUGCCCAGCACCACGCCACCUCUGAGCUUCCCGCCGUCUCCAUGGCAGACUAUAAGAAGCAGGGCGGUGCUCUUACCGGCCGUGAGGAGCGUUACGAUGGCUUCGAGGGUGAGCCUCGCUCCGUCGGAGGUGCUCUCACCGGUCACUCCAACAACCACUCCGGAUUGACUGGAACUUCCACCACCACAACCACCAACACCCACACCAGCCAUAACGAGAAGCCAUCUCUCAAGGACAAGCUUAACCCAAAGACCGACGCCGACCGUGACGGCAAGGCCGGCAUCUUGGACUAA